GUCAUAACAUAUUAUUUGUUUAAUUAUUUUUCGUAAUUAAAUCUUUUUUUUUUUUUUUUUCCCCAUUCGUAUUUCCCAUACUUUCGUGUGAAGACUUGCUUUCCUAUUCCACCCAAAAUGUCAACCGAAACCACUAACCCAACCACCCCAGCCUUCAGAAUUUUUGUUGGUAACUUAACCAAAAACGUUGAAAAAGAAGAACUCGAAAAAGCUUUCGCUGAAUUUGGUAAAGUUUUAAGUGUUAGAAUCAUUAGCAAAAGAUACCAAGAAAACACUUUUGGUUUUGUUGAUAUGGAAGAUCUUGAAGUUGCUAACAAAGCUAUCGCUGCAGUCAAUGGCAAAGAAAUCGAUGGCAAAGCCGUCACCGUCGAAUUAGCUCGUGAAAGAAGCACUGAAAAACCAAAGAGAACUUCAACCAGAAGAAACUCAAACCGUGGUCCAAGAAGAACCACCAGACCAGCAACAAACCAGCCCGUCGUCGUAAUACCACCAGACGUAACACCAAACCAUCAGACAGAAAAGAUGAAGUUGCUGAAAUCAUCACCUCUGCCACUGAAAGUACUACUACUGAAUCACCAGCUGCCGCUUCACCAAGCACCACAUCAUCCGCUAAAACAAGAAAACAUAGAGAAAGAAAACCAGCUGCCAACACCGCUGAUAGACAACAAUCAUCAACCACUCUCUUUGUUAGAAACAUUCCAUACUCAUUCGAUGAUGCUAAAUUAUUAGAAGCCUUCAAAGAAUACAGUCCAAAAUCAGCUCACAUUAUCUUCAACAAAGCCACCAGCAAGAGCAAAGGUUUUGGUUUUGUCGAAUUUGAAGAUUCUGCCAACCAACAAAAAGGUUUAGCUCUCCACAAACAAAAAGUCGAUGGUGAAAGAGAAAUCUCUGUUAAAAUUGCUUUAGUUCCAGAACAUACCCCAGAUACCGCCGCUACUACCUCUGCUGCUGAUACCAACUAAACAUAUCAUAAAUAAUUAUAUAUAUAUUUCUCAGUUUAUAUAUUUAUUCCACUACCAAAUCACCUUUUCCUUUGUGCUUUUAAUUCCUUUAAAAAUUAUUUUAAAUAUAUUUACCUUUUAGAAAAAACAAAAUAAUUUUAAAAAAAAAAAAAAUAAAAAAUAAUUAAACAAUAAGUAAUUCUUUAUUUAAAAUUUUAUUUUUCAUGAAAAUAAAUAAGAUAAAGUUUUACGAAAU